UAGAAGCUACGACGGCGGCGGCGGCGGCGGCACCACAUCCCCGGAGGAGGAGGCUACAAUGGUAAAAUCUCUCUCUGGUGUUGAUUUGAUCGCAGGAGGUAAGAGGAAGAGACCAAAAGGACAGCUCCUAAGUCCGACGAUGUCUAUCUCAAGCUUACCGUCAAGGUUUCUGGUAAGGAGAACACAGAGCAAGUUCAAUGCAGUGAUCUUGAAGAGGCUUUUCAUGAGCAAAGUCAACAAAGCUCCUCUUUCUCUAUCCAGGCUCGUCGAGUUCAUGACUGGCAAGGAAGAUAAGAUUGCUGUCUUGGUUGGAACUAUAACCGAUGAUUUGAGGGUACACGAGAUCCCAGCUAUCAAAGUUACUGCCUUGAGGUUCACUGAGAGAGCCAGAGCUAGCAUUGAGAAAGCUGGUGGUGAAUGCUUAACCUUUGACCAGCUUGCUCUCAGAGCUCCUUUGGGACAGAACACUGUUCUGCUUAGAGGACCUAAGAACUCACGUGAGGCUGUGAAGCAUUUUGGCCCUGCUCCUGGUGUGCCACACAGCCACUCCAAGCCGUAUGUUCGGUCCAAGGGAAGGAAGUUCGAGAAGGCCAGAGGAAAGAGGAAGAGCCGUGGUUUCAAGGUUUAAGAAACAUUGUCUCCUCUGCGUCUUUGAACUUGAUUCUCGAGUCUUGUUUGCUUCUUACUUAAUUAAUCUCUAUUGUAAUCGGAUUUUUGUUAGUGAAUUGUUGCUGUUUCAGACAAUAUUUUUGUCAGUUUGUGAGUUGAUUACUCAUUUGUGCACUUACAUAC